AUGGCAUCCACAACAGUUACACACGCGCAUUUCCGCCAGACUCAAGUCUCUCCCGCCAGCGGCCUGGAAAUGCCGACUGAGUCGCAAUGCCCAAUAUGCAUGGAAGCCUACGACGCGGACGCACACCGCGCCAUGCGCACCCACGUGCCGUCAUGCACCCAUAUUUUUUGCGAGGCAUGCGUCGACGAGCUCUGCUCCCGGCGAUUCACUCAGCAAAACGCGAACCGCUGUCCAUUGUGUCGGACAGUGUGGUACAUCUCGGAAUAUAUCCCCUUCCGGCUGCAGCAGUCCUCCCAAAGCGAACAGGAGCCAGCUCCGUCAGGUGAAGAAUGGCAUUCAAUAGGCGAAGAAUUUGAAGAGUAUAUGGACGAGAGCUCCUCCGAUGAAGAGCGCCCUUUGAGGAGGUCUUCCGAUGACUCUGAACGAGAAGGCGAGCGACGAGUUCUAGAAGAGCUACGCAGAGGUCGUCGCGGCGUACGAAGAAGCAGAGCAGAAUUCGACGCAGAGUCCCCGCCAUCAUCGCCGUUGUAUCUAAAUCAUCGGCGGGCCCGUCAGGCUCGGGAACGGCGCACUAUAACGCCCGUUGGCCGGUUGAGACGACUCCAGCAGACGAGAGCUACACUGAACGAGGGACCGGCGUCUGACCCUCAUCUGCAGCAGCUUUCGAAUGUUGCUGCAGCAACAUUAACGUCAGAAUGGGCCAACAUCACUGCGCCGCCCACGCACAGCCCCGAGCAGCCAUCCGCUGGUCUGAGCGCAGCAAGCGAAAUGUACAUACCAGAUUUCCGUGAACGCACUCAUUCUCGAUAUGUCCACCAGUCGCGCCUCCAUGGGGAACGUACCGCCCCAGAUUUCGCGGAGACAAUGACCCGCCGAGAGUGGGCGAACACGCAACGAGCGGAUGAGCGGAAUAACCAGCCCGAGGAACUCGACAGGCGUGAAGCGACUCUCGAGGAACUCGCUUAG